UGAGACUGACUCUCAGUCUUCUGAUCCAGCUAGGCUUGCUCCCGGGACGGGGAGGGGCCGCUGCCCCAGCUUCUGUGGGGAUGGUUUCCCAUGGCUCCCCCUCCCUUCUCCUCCGCCUUGCCCCCCUUCCUCGUCCCUUCCGGGCUGUCUACACAAUGGGGGCUCCACCCUUUCUGCUCAGGAAGGAAACAGCUGAGUUAGUGUCACUUUACAGUCAAGCGAUGCUUGGUGACAGAUAUGAAGAAGGAGCAGCAGCAGCAGGUCCUGGAGAGAGGGUCCCCAUCUCUGCAGCCCGAGGGGCCUGGGCUGGCAGAGCGGGGCCGGAACCCCUUCCGGUCCUGCCCCGAUGUUAGCCCAGGCCAGGAGGACCCACGUGCACGAGGAACUCCCAGAUCUCCAUCCCUGCGUCUGCGUAGGCCAGAGGGGUCAGAGUUUGGAGAUAGGAAGCUACACUCAACCUGUGACCAUGAGGCUUCGGAUGAAAGGCUGUUCCAUCAUCCCCAGACCAGCCGACUCCUGCUUCCCACCCUCAUCCUGCUGCUUCUGGGAGCAGCGGCCUGGGGAUUCUGGACAUCAGCGGUGCCAUGGCCCCGUUGGGAGGGGGAGGAAGAGCAGGCAGCGGCCAAGGAGAGCGGAGCGGCCUGCAGGUUGGUGCUGGCUGAGAGCAUACCUGAGGGGAUGAGCUUUGGGCCAGCCAGUCCCCAGCACAUCUCCACCCAUCAGGCCUGGCUAAAUCUCAUCGACAGAGCCCAGAGCCAUGUGGAUAUUGCAGCCUACAACGUCACUCUAAGGUCUAGAGCCACUGUCAGUGACCACCCCUCUGACUGGCAGGGGAUCAUUCAGAGCAGAAGAGAGGCCUCACAAUUGGGGGAAUCAGAAGGGACUUCCCCUCAGUCAGGCCUGGAAGGAGGCCAGGGACCAUGUAUGGAUGCACGGCCUGUGAACACAGUCACUGGAGAGAUGGCACAUACAGGUCAAGAGAUUUUUGAUCAGCUGUUGUCCCUGCCCAGCCGGGGUGUGGGGUUGCGCCUUGCCAUGAACAGCCCCCAGCCCUCUGAGAUGGACGCAGAUGAGCUGGCCAAGCACGGAGCUGAGGUGACCCCGGUAGAGCUGGAGCAGCUGACCGGAGGCAUCGUCCACUCCAAGUUCUGGGUGGUGGAUGGCCGGGAUAUCUACGUGGGCAGUGCCAACGUGGACUGGCGGGCUCUCACCCAGAUCAAAGAACUGGGGGCUCUACUGUACAACUGCAGCCCUGUUGCCCAAGACCUGCUCUCCAUCUUCAACACCUAUCAGGCCCUGGGAGGCCCCGGGGCCGUCCUGCCCUCCCCCUGGCCCCCUCAAUUCUCUGCCAGCUCCAGCCUCCAGCGGCCCAUCCGCCUACAACUAGAUGGUCAUUCAGCUGAUGUGUAUCUCUCGGGCUCCCCAGCAGCCCUGUGUGCCCCUGGCCGGACUUCCGACCUGCAGGCCAUCCUCAGCAUCAUAAGCCAGGCCCGGGAGUUCAUCCUGGUCUCCGUCAUGGAUCUGAUGCCCCAGUGCAUGUUUUGCCAGCCCAAGAGGUUCUGGGCAGAGCUGGACUCGGCUCUCCGGGCUGCAGCCUGCGACCGGAGGCUUCCUAUCCAACUGCUUAUCAGCUGCUGGCGUCACUCAGAUCCUGACAUGUUCAUAUUCCUGGAGGCCCUGAACAUCCUGUCCCAGCCACCGUUGUCCUGCCCACUCCACGUGAAGCUGUUCGUGGUACCGGUAAGUGAGGACCAGCGGCAGAUCCCCUAUGCGCGAAUGAAUCACAACAAGUUCAUGGUCACUGACCAGGCUGCCUACAUUGGCACCUCCAACUGGUCCCACGACUACUUCCUCCGCACCACGGGCGUGGGGCUGGUGAUCAUCCGGCCCCUAGGAGCCCAGAUGCUCCCCGUGCAGCGGGAGCUUCGGGCUGUCUUUGAGCGAGACUGGACCUCUCCCUAUGCCCAGCCCCUCAGCCCCCACCCACCCUGCGCGGCCCGGGGCCGAGGAGGGGUCAGCUCGUUCGGGCUCCGGCCUCCGGGAUCAGCCGGCCUUCCUUAAGGCACCGUCGUGUGUGCUAGCAGCAGUUUGGGGGGAGGGGCUGGAGACACUAAGACAGCGAGGCAGCUCUUGCCCUCAAGACGCUUACUUUCCAAACUGGGAAAGAAUAGUUACAGUUACUGACAUCUCGGUCAAUAAAGAUCCUAUA